UAAGUCGGCACAUGCUGGCCUCGCGUAUCAGUUUCGCCGCGAUACUCGGUGGGUGUGCAUCUCCGGACGAAAUACGAGAAAAAAAAAAAACACACACACACACGCAUACGACUAAUAAUAAUUUAUAAUAAUAAUAAUAAUAAUGAUAAUAAUUUGAAACAGUGGUUAGAUUUGGUGUUUUUCUUAUCUAGCCACAUUUUAAAAAGUAUUUCUCUUCCGAACGAGGAAUAAAAAAUUCAACGAGAGACUGUACGAAAAUAUUGAACGCAAUUUUUACACGAAACGAAAGAUCUAUUGAAGAUUAAUAAUAGCAUUAAUUAUAUUGAUAAUAAUAUUAAUAAUAAUCUUUUAAUCCAAGACACCGAGUAUUAUUAUAUCUACAUUGUAUAAUUACAGAAUUCUUUCCGGAUUCUUUGUUUUAUUUUUUUUUCUUUUUUUCAUACUUUUAUACGAUAUCAUAUAAUUCACGUUAUAAUUAUAAUCGUACGAUCGUCGAUUGAUUUUUUUACAAUUUUAUAUCCGUACACAUAACGCAAGUAACGUAUAACUGUGAUAGCAGUAUAAAAAAAAAAAUUGUAAAAUAUUAUUAUAACAAUACGAAGUGACAAGUGCGGCGUGUUUUUCUUUUCUUUUUUCUUUUUGUUCUUGGCAAGUUAUAAAAUAUAACCCGCGGUACGAUUUACAAUUUGUCCUGGAAGAUUUUUCUUGUCGUACGUCGCAAUAAAAUUCAUCAGUGUAUUGCCGACUGUACGAAAACUCGAGGAGCAUAAGCAACGAGGAAAAAAAAUAGACGACGGUAUAAAUUAGUUGUGAAACGGCAAAUUAUACAUUCGCGGAAGUGUUUGUUAACGUAUUAUUUUAACCAGCCAGAGCGAGAAAAGCUCUAUCUCUCUCCUUCUCUCGUUCUCUCAAUCGUCGGGAAAUUAUUGCGAUAAUAUACGAGUGCGAUAUAUUAUUAUUGCGUGUAAUUGGCUUUUGCUGCUAUAAUUGUUGCAAGUUAUCACCGAUCCGUUGAAUUCAAAUAACAAAUUCGCUGGCCUUUGCAGUCAAGGAGAUUUCGGUGAGCAAAGAAUCGUCCCGAGGCCCAACGCGGCUGAACCACUUGCAGCAACAGCAGCAACAGCAACAACAGCAGCAGCAGCAGCAACAACAGCAACAGAUACUGUCGGUCGGGCCGUUGAAACGGCACAGCGGUGAUUACUCGCAACCGAGAUACGUCCACAGCGGUAAAAUUCUCCUAUCAAAGCCGAAGAUGCACAUAGAGGUGCAGGUGGCGUUAAACUUCGUGAUAUCGUACCUGUAUAACAAGCUGCCACGUCGGAGAGUCAACAUAUUCGGCGAGGAGCUCGAGAAAGCGUUGAAGGACAAGUUCAAGGGGCACUGGUACCCCGAAAAGCCGUUCAAGGGCUCCGCGUUCCGUUGCCUCAAGACCGGCGACCCGGUCGACCCGGUCCUCGAACGUGCGGCCAAGGAGAGCGGCGUCCCUAUCCAGGACAUCCUCGAGAACCUUCCGGCCGAGCUCGCCGUCUGGGUAGAUCCCGGCGAGGUGAGCUACCGCAUCGGCGAGAAGGGCGCCGUCAAGAUCCUCUACUCCGAGGCAGCCGAUCCCCACGACGAGAGCUCUGCUGACCGCGAGGUCACCAAGACCUUCAACCCCGAGGCCCAAUGCUUCAGACCCAUCGAGGCCGUCGGCACGUCCCUUGGCGGACUCAGCCUCAGCCCCAAGUCCACCUCACCCUUCCCAUCCUCCGUUGGCAGUAGCACCAGCUCCGGAUCCUCCACCAACCAGCAGAACGGCCAUGGAUCUGGAUCCUCGUCCGCACCCUCGCCGACUCCCAUCGCCAAUUCCUUCAAGGGAUCGCCGAGCCCCGUUCCUGCGUUCAUCCCAAGGUCCGCGGCUCCCCUGACCUUCACCACGGCCACGUUCGCCCAGACAAAAUUCGGCAGCACCAAACUCAAAACCAGCAGCAAGAGGGCUAACAGAUCUGACGGUUUCAGAAUGUCGCCGACCGAGUUCUCAAACUACAUAAAGCAGCGAGCGAUGCAGCAGCAGAUCCACCACCACCACCACCAUCACCAGCCAGCGGGACUUCCGGUCUCCCAGAAUUCACCGACGAGCCGAUCCCUCUCGCCUGGUGUGAUCGGCAGCCAGCAGCCGGCCGGGGAUUCGAACGGCUACUUCUUCCAGCACGGUCCCUACCACCCCCAGUUUCCCCACCGCAACAUAUUCGAGACGGCAGCAGCGGCCUCGAGCCACGCCGGCUACCUUCCGGAGCUUUACGGGGCGGCAAAGUUCCCCUCGGCUUACCUGGACCCGACGGCGAUCGGACACCAGUUUUACGGCGGCGUCGCCGGCUCCCAGACAUCGGCGAACCUCGGCCCCGUCGGCUCGACGACAAACGGGGCGAAUUCGCACCAGGAGAAGAGUCUCGUCGAGGGGUUGAACAACUUCGGCCUUGGCUCCGUCGCGCCUUACUCAACGAGCCAGUAUCAGCAGCAUCUUCUCGUCGCCAACUAAUAUCCCGCUCAUCUGGAUCCGCGAACUCGACCACCUCGACCCUCCUCAGCGGUAUGAGAUUUAUACCACCGAUUAUAUUUGUAUGAUAUAAUAACGUAUAUAUGUCCUAUCGAGAACAGCAAAAACGCGCCAAUCCCCCUCACCCACUAUCACCGAUCUUCGGGUAUAUAUGUAUACGUAUGUACCUGGAGGGGGCGGAAAGAAAGAAGAAGAAAAUUAAGGAGAAGAAGAAGAAGAAGAUAAAAAAAACAACACUACCCCAAUUUACGAUCCUCGCUUUAUUAUUGUAUACUGCUGUAACGCGUAUUAUUAUUAUGCUCCGGUGUUACCGAUCAUUCGAAUAGACAUCCAUAUUUAAAAUUUUUUUUUUUUUCCUUACAUUCAUUUGUUAUUUUCUACUUUCCUUUUUAUCUCUCUCUCUCUCUCUCUCUCUCUCUCUCUCGUUGCUGCUUUGUUUUUUAUAAGAAAAUAUUGCUCCCGCAUAGUGUGUUAUAUUAAUUUACAUAGAUAUAUAUAUCAUUUUUUUAUAUUUCACAUUACCUUAGAAUUAUAAUUACGACUUUUUCUCUGUCCCUAAUUUUUGUUUUGGUUCCUCCGCACCCGCGUUUAGUCUGUAAUUAUACAUAUAUAUCUAAUAGUAAGAUGUAUUAUAUAUAUAUAGCUACACAUGCAUCUAUUACAUUAUUACAUGGUUAACUAGUCCGCCUACAUAGUAUACACGUGAAUAUCAUAUAUAUAUAUUCACAUAUAUAUAUUCAUACGUGCUCACAAAAAAAAAACACACACACACACAAACACGCUGGCAUACACGCCUGUGUCUAUAUUAUACAAUAUACAGAUAUUCGUAAAUAAUAUACCUAUAUAGUAAAUCUGCAGGGAAUUCGAGCAAAGGGGAGUAUAAUAAAUAAUAUAGAAAACGGGCCCGUAUAUCUAUAUUAUACGUUAUAGAAAUAGCGCAUGAAAAUCGAUCUUCGUGAUUCUUGAGCAAAAAUGCAUUUAUACAACGCGAGCAUGUGUUACGUGUUUUCCUGUACACAAAGUAUCCGUUUCUAUGACGGCAGAGUGAGUCUGCCAAUCCGAAUGCGCGGAGUACGGAAGAGAUGAGUUUUAAGUCGUAGGAAUUAAUAUUGGUAUUUUCCGUACUGCGCGCAUGCGCUACAGCAAAGAAAUCUAACAUUACGCGGCACCUAACCUCAAUUUCGUGCUCCGUGAAAAUACGCGUGUCACAAUCGCGUUGUAUAAAGAAUCGUGCGCAGCAAGGAGGCAACGGUAUUUUCGCCUCACGUAUCUUCAAUAUUCGUCUUCGACUUCACCUACGACUCAUAUUGCAAACUUACGUUCAACCCGAAAAUACCCUGUUUGCCUCCUCGUUACACAAUAUACUAUUUGGAUCAUGAAUGCGGAAGUACCGGGCUCACUGUUAUAAGUCGCAAGAUUCAUUGACACAAAAUGAUACGGCGGAAGAAUCAGAACGUAGAACAGAAAACAACACCCGGUACGUUGUAUAAACACUCGAAACUAACAAAACGAACCCCUGAUUGAAGAAUGCGGAAGAUAUGCAUGGCAAAGAAACCACGAUACCACUAUUCACACCUUUAAAAUAAAACAUAGCGUGUUACCGUAAAUCAUAAAAUAAUAAUAAUAAUAACAACAACAAAAAUAAUAAUAAAAAUAAUAAUAAUAAUACCAUUAAUAAUAACGAUAACGAUAAUAAUAAUUUAUUUUUUCACUGGAAUAGUCGGAGUUUAAUAAUAUACAAUAUGGAAUAUCCGUAGACUCUAUACAACAAUAAUAAUAACAAUAAUAAUAAUAAUAAUAAUAGUAAUAAUAAUAAUUCAUGUAUAAAUUGCGUCUAUAUUGCAAAUAUAUAUGCAUACCUAUAAUACAUAAACGCGGGGUUUAUUAUAAUAAUUAUAUAUAUGUACACAUGGUAAAUAUGAUAACGGCAUAUAGGUACAAUGAUGAUUGUAAAAGACGAACUAGCGAAACCGUAUAGUGGUAUAAAUAGAAGAAGAAGAUAUAAAGAAAAGGGACGGACGGUGAACGUUGUUAGGCGAGGAAGUUAAAAAGCUGCAGGGCAUAUAUAGGAGGAGAAUAUAAUUUGAGCGAGAAACGCUUGAUAUUCACGGGAUAUAAUAAUAAAAUACAUAUACAUACGCGCUGAAGAGAGAUAAAACGAGUAGUGCUGAGGAAAAGAAAAUUUCAUUGAUAAAUAAACGAACGAAUGAAUAAAUCGGGGCAAGUGAACGAGAAUCCAGAAGCAAUAAUUAAAACAACAAGAACAACAAACAUGUUCUAACAACAAUUACGAAAACGAAGACGAAGACUUGGAAUUUGUGAAACGUUAACGACGAUUACGGAGAAUUGGGUCGAGUUGUAAAAUAGUUGAUGGAUGAACGAUAAGUCAGGUGCUACGAAUCUGCACGCAUCUUAUACGUAUGCAUACAAAUGUGUAUGUAAUUACAUACAUGUACACGUAUAAUAUUAGCUGAUGUAAAUGGCAAAGGGCGACGAUGUCUUAUGCUCGCAGAGUUUCGCGUGGUAAUUUUCGGCCGUUUUUUCAAAAAUCGUCCUCGGUACGAGUCUUACAUUUUAUUUUUAUAUUACGAACUAAAAAGGUAAAUAAAUAAAUAAACAAAUAAAAUAAAAUCCAGUUAGGCUUGUUAUUGUAUAGAGUAAUAUAAUUGCUGUACGUAAAGUGGCUGAUCCUUCACAUUAUUUGACUUGACUUAUAAUUAAUUCAUUAUUGAAAAAUGUACGUUUCAUUACAAUUCAAUGAAACUAAUUGCCGCAUCGUAUAAACAGCGCGAUGUACGAGUUUUUUCUUGCUGUAUUAUAAUAUCAAAUUCGAAUUUGUUACACCGAAACUUGUUUCGUUUUUCUGUAAGAUGAUAUUUCACAUUACCAAAAAGGAAGAAAAAUUGAAAAAAAAAAAAACAAAACGUAACAAAAGCCUGUAACAGAUAUCGUUCAACGAUCGAGCGUUGGCGGUAAAUUGAUGGAUUUGGAAAAAAAUUUCUCUCGCCACUCUACGUCAGAAAGUUAAUUAGAUGACUAUACAUACAUAUAUAUUCAUAGUAUAUGCAAGACCGUGUUUAUAUAUUAUUACCAUUGUUAAUAUUUUUAUUAUUAAUAUUAUUUCCAAUCAAUUUUGUUGUUAUUGUUGUCAUUGUUAUUAUUAUUAUUAGAAUUGUAUUUUGGUUUCGUUAUUGCUGUUGUUAUUAUUAUUAACGUCGUCAUUAUUAUUAUUAUUAUUAUUACAAUAUCAUUGUCGAUACAAUUAUUAGGUCAUUACAGACAUGUUAAAGUGCAGGCACCGGCUGCUUAUCACUAUAUCUGUAUCGAAUCAUAGUGCAUUAAAUUCAUAAUUUAAUAACAAUGAUAAUAAUAAUAAUGAUGAUGAUGAUAAUGAUAAUAAUAAUGAUAAUGAUAAUAAUAUUAAUAACAAUAGUAACAAUAAUAAUAUGAAUCACGGUACGGAACACGGAGGUUUCGCUUAAGACGCAGCCGACCGCAUUAAAUUAAAUUCGACCGUUGUCAGGUGCUAAGAGUAUAUUAAAUUGAUAAAUUUAACAAACAAAUGUUAACCGUAUGUAUGUAUAUAGAUUCGAUCCUUUAACUUUUCGUUUAUUCUUCUUUUUACACGCACUGCUAUUGUAUUUGUUUAUUGUCUGUAAUUUAAAAAAAUUUUUAUCCAAUGUUUUUAUUACACGUGUAAUAUUUUAAUCGAAGUGGUCGUUAUUUCGCAUUCAUUUUUCCUUUUCAAUUUCAUUUCUCAUACUGAGUAUUUCGAUUUAUACCCUCGCAGAAUUUUACGCAUUAUAGACAUAUAUCGUAUUAUUAAUAAAUUGUUGAAAUUGUAGAAACUUUAUGCAAACAGACGCGACAGACUUUGUUUUUUUUUUUUUUUUUUCUUUACUUUACCAUUUUCUGAAAUUUCUCUGCAAUUCUCUGCAUAUAUUACCUAAUUAUUAUUAUAGUGAAUAAAUAAGUCAUUCAACGUUCAUCUCGUACAUACAUAUUAUAAUAUUAUAUACCUAUGAUAUCUAUGUGUAUAACGAUAUUACUUGUAAAUUGAAACUAUAGUAUUUCUUAUCAACACGAGCACACGAAAAAGGAGAUGGCGAAUAAACCGAAGAUCGGUUGAUAAUUUCUAUGAUAAGAAACAAAGCGAAUAAAAAAAAAAAGGAAAAAAAGAAUGAGCAAAAUAAACCUACGUAAUAAUAAUAAUAAUUAUUAUUAUUAUUAUACUAUUAAAGAUACGUACGACUGUGGUAGCUAUGCUAGUACCUGCUAUUGUUAAACAAAGAUGAUUAUACGAUGGAAGAGAAAAACCAAAAACCGAUCAUACACGAUUCCAGAGAAAAAUUUAACAAUAAGUAAGAAAGACAGAAGAGAUACAUUUAAUUUUUUUUUUUUUUUUUUUUAAUUUUUUUUCGGUUGUCCCUUCAUUCGUUUUUAACUCGGACUAUAAAAGACAAACGUAAUUAGCAUCACGAUCUAUCGCCAAUAAUAUAUUACCAUUAUACUGCUUGGAAAACAUGAUAUCGGUGCGGAAAUUUGGAAUAUUCAAAAAUCCAGCCACACCGAGUCGAAUUGCUAAAAUUCAGUCGCGAAAGUCGGGAGUAAAAAAGUAAAGUAAAGAAGUGAAAAACGCUGCAUAAAAUGCGGUACGGGAUUCGUUAGUAAAUAAAUAUAAAUACAUAUAUAUACCGACGGAUGAAGAAUAGCAUGUAAUUUAUAUAUUAUACAAGGCGAUUAGCAAGUAUUACUACACAUACAUAUUAUGCGUAAGAAGACAAAGCUAUAUAUAUAUAAUAUAUACCUACAUUUUAUCUGUAAGCCAUUAAAUACGAUGUGAAUUAAGUCGCUAAUCAAAGGGAUCUCGGCUUGAGAGUAUAACUCCUCCGUAUACAUAACUACGUGAAUAUAUAUAUACAUGCGUGAUAUAUAUAUUAUAAAGGAAAGAAAAAAAAUUAAAGAGAUCGCAGCUCAGCACAGAAUCAAACACGAUGUAUACUCUUAAAGAAACGAUAAUUUAUGAAGAAAAAGACAAAAAAAUAAAAAACAAAAAGAAAAAACAAAAAAAAAACAAACAAACAAGUAGCAGAGAAA